GACAGCAGAGUCAAACAUGAAACUAUCGUUAAUUUUCCUCUUUGCAUUCGCCACAGCCUCGUCUUUGAUACGUGUCAAUGACAAAAACUUCAAAGAUGUUGUACUCCUGUCCGGAAACUUCACGUUGGUAGAUUUCUAUGCCGACUGGUGUCGCCAUUGUAUGAAGCUCAUGCCCACCAUUGAACAACUCGCUGAAUUAUAUGCUGACGUGCCAAAUGUUCAGAUCGCCAAAAUAAACGGAGAUGCGGAUGGGCGCAAAAUGACAAGAAAGUACAAGAUCCCUGGCUUCCCUAGUCUUCUCAUGUUUCAUGGCGAAGAUGAGCCUGUUGAAUUUGAAGGCAUGAGAGACUUGGACUCCAUCAGUAACUUUGUACAGCAGGUUUCUGGUGUUAGGCUCGGUAGUUCUGACGAGGAAGAAUCGUCAGAGUAUGAAGGUCCUUCCAAGAUUGUUGAAGUGAAUGACGAGUCUUUUCAGCAGGACGUUCUUCAGGCAAGUCACAAGACCGUGGUUGCUUUCACAGCCCCUUGGUGCCAAUUUUGCCAGAAGUUUAAGCCAGUCUUGGCCAAGUUGGCAAACCAAAUAUAUGCAGAAGAUGGAGAGACAAUCAAAUUCGCGGAGGUCAAUCUCGCGGAGGAGAACAAGGCGCAUGUGUCCAAAAUCGUGGGCCAGUUUGGUGUUUCACUGUUGCCUACGAUUCUUCUAUUUGACCCCAGUAAGACCGAUGACGAUGGGCUCAGGAGACCUAUGCCAUAUACCGGUGAACGGAGCUUGGGAGCCAUGGUUGACUAUGUGAAUGACAUUGCAGGUUUAUACCGAAACGAGAGCGGGAAUCUCACACACCAAGCAGGCAGGAUCGAAAAACUUGAUGAGGCAAUUCGGUCCAUUUCCGAAGACUCAAAGGAUGCUGUUCUCGAUGAGAUAGAGUCCUUGAAAGAGAGUCUUGUGCAGUUUGGCAAAGAUGGUUUGGUGCAAGCAGAGGAUGUCUGGCUCCGAGACGACGUCUCUAUGCUUUCAUACUAUUCCAAAUUGGCCGUCAAAGUUGCCUCUGGGGACGGGGCUUAUGUCUUAAAAGAGCUUGCCAGAUUGGAGAGAAUCAUCACCAAGAAUGCCCGGGACUUGGAGAGGAGCGCACGCGACUACAUGCAAAAGAGGAUCAACAUCUUGAAAGCCUAUCUUGACCAGUAAGUCAGACGGUUUCUCCAGGCGUGCCAUGGACGCACCUACAUAGAGGAUUCUAAAUCAACAUAUUUAUGUAAACGUACUAAGAUCUGGCUGGCAUGUAAGCGUGGGAGCUUUACCAUUCUAUGGCCUUGAACUUUUGCACCUGUCUGACCUUAUUCGGCCACACCUUGCCGUCUCCAAUCACACACUCGUCGAUG